GAAGUGGCCCCGAAAGAGAGUAAAAAUAAAACUUGGGUAGUAGACCAGUAGUGCAGUGCAGUGCAGUACCUGAAUCUGUCGGUCGAUGAUGCCGUGAUUUCCUCAAAAAUCUGUGUCCGACAGCUUGAGUUUUCCGCCAUCAACGCUUUACUCGACCCACGUGUCCCCUCUCUUUUCGAGACUUUUGUUCCUGUUUUUGUUUUCUUAUAAUUUAUUUACUUCCCCCUUUUGUCUUUUUACACUGCUCUGCUCUUUUCUUUUGUGCUCUUCUUCUAUUUCAAUUUCAAAAAUUGAACUCCUCCGAAGACCAAAGCUUUAACUUGUUUGCUGGGCUGGGUAUCUACUUUCAUUUCUGCAUCACUCUCUUUCUCUCUCCUCCAUUUCUUAAUAUUCACUCUGUCUCUGUCUCUGUCUCUUCUUGUCUUGGGUUUUGAUUUGAAGCAAGCAUUUUGAUUUGGGCUGCUAUGGUUAAAAGGAAUGCUGUGUAGCCGUAAAAUGUUCAGUUUCUUAGUAAGGAAAGAUAUUAAGAAGGUUCUUAAGCGCAAAGACAGUGAUGCUGGCCACAAAGGUAGAGCACUAGAGGAGUUACGAGCUUCUCUUUUUAACAAACUUCGCUUGUCUGAAGGUGUAAAGCGUCAACGGCAAUGUAGAUGUGGCCCCAUUGCUGCUCUUACCUUCAAUUUUGUGGUUGCUGUUGGUAUUAUUUUCACGAAUAAAUUGGUGCUUAAUAAUGUCAAAUUCAAGUUCCCUAUAUUUCUUACUUUUAUUCACUAUGUUGUAAGCUGGUUCUUAAUGGCCAUUCUAAAUGCCUUUUCUAUCCUGCCGGCAUCUCCUUCCUCAAAAUCAACACGUCUAUCUACUUUAAUUACUCUUGGCACUGUUAUGUCUCUAUCUACUGGCCUUGCUAAUGUCAGCCUAACAUACAAUAGUGUGGGUUUUUAUCAGAUGUCCAAGAUUGCUGUAACGCCAUCAAUUGUUCUAGCAGAAUUUAUAUUAUAUAAGAAGAAAGUUUCUUUCUCCAAGGUGCUUGCGUUGACAAUUGUUUCUAUUGGUGUUGCUGUGGCUACGGUGACCGAUCUCCAAUUUGACCUCUUUGGUGCUUGUAUAGCAUUGGCAUGGAUAAUACCAAGUGCAAUCAACAAGAUCCUCUGGUCCAGUUUGCAGCAGCAGGAAAAUUGGACAGCCUUGGCAUUGAUGUGGAAGACAACGCCGAUCACUUUAUUGUUUCUGGUUGCUUUGAUUCCUUUGUUAGAUCCCCCUGGUGCCCUCUCCUUUGAUUGGAAUUUUAACAACACAUUGGCUAUUCUCACAUCAGCAGUUCUAGGCUUCUUGCUACAGUGGUCAGGUGCUUUAGCACUUGGGGCUACAUCUGCCAUUACCCAUGUUGUUCUUGGUCAGUUUAAAACUUGUAUUCUUCUUCUUGGGAACUACUAUGUCUUUGGUUCAAAUCAAGGAUAUACUAGUAUUUGUGGAGCAUUCACAGCAAUUGCUGGUAUGUCUGUUUACACUUACCUUAAUCUGAGGCAGAAAACCAGCAAAACAUCUCCCCGACAAGCCUCUUCUGUACCAGUAUCUAGACUGAGCAAAGAAAAUGGCAACAAACAUGAUGGCAAUUAUGGCAGGGAAUCAGUCUAACAAAAUACUUAACUUUGGUUAGAAGAUUAAUCUGAAGAUGGUUCAUUAACUUGAGUUUUUUAUUAAUUUUUUUUCCACUUAACCUUUCUGAAUUUUUAGAAUAGGGCUCUUUCUUUCAUGAGUCUCUGUUUAUAGGCUGCUUGGGUGCUACAGUUAACAUUAAUUUUAGUCUGUUUAGUCUAUAUUGUUAUUCCGGCUUAAAGGGCUUUUGCAGGUUAUGUGGAGUGCUUUUUUGAUGUCCUGACUGCAAACUCAACAUUGUACAUAUGGAUGGUGUGGAGGAUUCUUUAGUUCGAUAUAAUUUUAUCAGGAUUUUUAUUAUA